AAUAGCGUGAUGUUGGACAUGAUCCUGAUGUUUGGACGUUCUGCACUGUUCAAUCAUCUUUCCUAUGUUUUGUUUGCUUCCAGGGCAUCAUGAGCGUGGAAAAGAAGGCACGAGAGCCAUGCUGCUCCAAAUUAAAGAUGUUUCUGGUUGCCAUGUCCUGUGUGUUCUUUGCCAAAGCAUUUCAGGGGAGCUACAUGAAGAGCUCCAUCACACAGAUUGAGAGACGCUUUGACAUUCCCAGCUCUCUGAUAGGGGUCAUUGAUGGAAGUUUUGAACUUGGUAAUCUGCUUGUAAUAGCUUUUGUCAGUUACUUUGGUGCUAGGCUUCACAGACCUCGGCUAAUAGGAAUUGGAUGUUUAAUCAUGGCUGUAGCAUCCUUUAUAACGGCCAUGCCACAUUUCUUCCAAGGACCGUAUGAAUAUGAGACAACACUUUCACAUUCCACCUCCUCCAAUGGGACAGAGAGUUCCCUACCUUGCUUAGCCAAUGGCAGUCUUCCACAAGAUGUUGAACUUUCCACAGCAGAGAAACAAGCAGAGUGUGAGAAAGCUGCCGGCUCAUCCUUAUGGAUCUAUGUCUUUCUCGGGAACAUGCUUCGUGGGAUCGGAGAGACCCCUGUCAUGCCUCUUGGGUUGUCCUACCUAGAUGACUUCUCAAAAGAGGAAAACACUGCCUUUUACUUGGCUUGCAUACAGACUGUGGGAAUUAUAGGGCCCAUGUUUGGAUUUAUGCUGGGUUCAUUCUGUGCCAAGCUUUAUGUGGACAUAGGAGCCGUGGAUUCAGGUACAACAAGUCUCUCCUACCAUAACACAAACGCCUCCCUGCGCUGCAGUGAGUUUAUCCAAAACCAUCCGGUUCUGGAGAGCAGUAAAUCGUAA